CUGCAACUUUGAUUCCCUUCCCGGACUAAGGUCCAAAGCACAGUGAAAACUGGUGUGGGGAGAUCCUGCAAUACCGCGGCCGUCGUUCAGCCUGGCUCUCUGGGAGCCCACGGUCUUGGACAGCGGCGGGGACAAAGGAGAAAUCCGGCAGUGGCCUCACGGUGUGCCCCUGAGUUGAAGGCUGGAAGCCACAGGGGACUGUGGGGUCUACAUUGAUAAAAAGAGCCCUCCCAGAAGAGAGAGGCAAUCAUCAAUCUGUCCAUGCAGCGGACACUUUCAAAGUGCUGUAAAAAUAGUUACUCCUGCAGCUUCCGGCCCUGUUACUGUGGGCCCAAGAGAAGCCUUGAUUUAGACAGACAGAUGCUGGGGCUGCUAGGAGCAGGGUUGAGGUGCAGGUGACUCUCAUGAGCUCCCAGAGGAAGAGGCCGGGGCUCUUGCUGACAGGUCUGUCCCUGAGGCUGCUGCUGCUGUUCAGCUGGAGGACCCUGGCCCGGCCCACCUCUCGCUCAGCGCUAGUCCAACACCCCUACUUGUGCCAUGCCACCCGGGAUGCCGAUGGCCGCCACCACCCUGGUUUCUUCUGUCCUCGGCUCUCUGAUUCUCGGGAAGAGGCCUACUGUUGCCACCUGCAGGCUGCAGGGGGCUCCUGCUGCACGCGCGCUGAAUUUGAGGCCCUGUACAAGGUCAACCUGUCGGCUGUUCCACCCCCGCGCGUCCUCAGGGGCGCAGGCUCGCUCUUAGCGCUGGGCCUCUACAGCCUGCUGCUGGUGGCCCUGGUGACCGCUGACUUCGUGCACUUCUAUCGCGGUCGCCGGCGGGGCAAAAGCGGCAGCGGCCGCGCGCCUAGCCGUUCGUCCUCCACCGCGCGCCCCCUGCAGGUCCCGGUGGGAAUAGACUAGACGAGUCCGAGCCCGA